AAUAGAAUGAAAUAAAAGGAAAAAAGGAAAAAAGAAAACAUAAAACGCUCAGUAUCUCCGGCUAGUGGAAACCGGACCUCAAGAUCAAAUUAGGGCGCAAAGCCCUGUUGGAGACAGAAGCCAUGGGGAGAAAGAAACUUGAAAUCAAGCCAAUUGAGAACAAAAGUAGCCGACAAGUUACCUUCUCCAAACGACGCAACGGUCUCAUCGAGAAAGCUCGUCAGCUUUCCGUUCUCUGUGACGCAUCCGUCGCUCUUCUUGUCGUCUCCGCCUCCGGAAAACUCUACAGCUUCUCCUCCGGUGUUAACCUGGUCAAGAUCCUUGAUCGAUAUGGAAAGCAACAUGGUGAUGAUCUUAAAGCCUUGGAUCGUCAGUCAAAAGCUUUGGACUGUGGUUCACACCAUGAGCUACUGGAACUUGUGGAAAGCAAGCUUGAGGAAUCAAAUGUCGAUAAUGUAAGUGUGGGUUCCCUGGUUCAGCUGGAGGAACACCUUGAGAACGCCCUCUCCGUAACAAGAGCUAGGAAGACAGAACUAAUGUUGAAGCUUGUCGAGAACCUUAAAGAAAAGGAGAAGUUGCUGGAAGAGGAGAACCAUGUGUUGGCUAGCCAGAUGGAGAAGAGUAAUCUUGUGCGAGCCGAAGCUGAUUAUAUGGAGGUGUCACCUGGACAAAUCUCCGACAUCAAUCUUCCGGCUUCGGGUGUAAAACUAUUUCAGAUUUAUGCAGCGUGGGACAGUUCUUCCGGUGGCUGUGGAAUUGGAGGCAUUUUCUCAGGAAAUAACCUAAAGCGCAUACCAAACCUGAGCGAGCCUCGCUCCCAUGUAUCUUCAGCUCUUAUGGCAGAGGCCAUAGCUGUUCGCCUCGCGGUUGUUACAUCCGUCUAUUCAAACGUCCGAUCCCUGGCCGUUCUAACCGAUUCGCUCUCCCUCGUCUCUCUACCGAAGAAGGAAGCCACUCAACCUGAACUGUUCGGUAUCAUGUUUGAUAUCUAUCAUGCUUUGUCGUACUUUGAUCGGAUUUCUUUUCACUUUAUCUCUAGGACCUUUAAUGGCGAGGCUGACUUGGUGGCAAAGUCUGCUCUCACUCUGCUUUCUGUAAACUCCUCUGUUGGAGGAUAACACUUUUAUGUUUGAAUGAAUGAAUGCAUUGUUGUUUGACCAA